AUGUCUUCAAUCACAUUAACUAAGGAAUCACACAAGAACCCAUCCAAGUUCAGAAUCAAGUACCAGGAUUGUAAUGCGGUGUUGGGACCUGAACAUACUGCACAAAAAAAUAUUAGUGAAAAAUUACCAACAAUUCACACUUCUUCCAAUGUUGCUAUAAUUGGUGCUGGAUUUGGUGGUAUUGGAGCUGCUAUCAAGACUAUUGAAAAGUUGAAGGAGUCAGAUGUGCAAAUCUUUGAGAGACAUGACAAUUUUGGCGGGACAUGGUAUGCAAACACAUAUCCGGGUUGCGCCUCUGAUAUUCCAGCUAUAUGGUAUUCAUUUUCGUUUGCGUUAACCUCCAACUGGAGUAGAGUGCAACCACCUCAAUACGAAAUGGAAGAGUAUAUGCUAAGAGUAGCCGAACAAUACAAGUUAAGAGACAAGACUCGUUUUCAAACAUCUAUCGACAAAUGUGUUUACAAUGAUGACACUGCAAUUUGGACGUUAUAUGCUCACGACGUCAAAACGGGUCAGAAGAUUGAACAUACAACUCGUGUCCUUUUGUCUUGUUCAGGUGGAUUAGUGCACCCAAACCAAUUGAAUGCACCCGGCCUUGAAAACUUUAAAGGAAACUAUAUGCACUCAGCAGUAUGGGAUCAUUCAGUCGAUUUCAAAGGCAAAAACGUUGUUGUAGUUGGAAAUGGGUGUUCCGCAAAUCAAAUUGUUCCAGCUUUGCUCAAUGAUCCACAAUACAGUGUCAAGUCACUCACCCAAAUUGCCAGGUCAAAGCACUACAUCAUGCCACCUGUUCCCAAAGCUUUGAUGUAUCUUUAUCGCUUGCUUAGUUUCAACUUCUAUGGAUUGGUCCUUGUUAGAUGGCUUGUGGUUCUUAUUGCGGAAUUAAGAUUCCCAUUGUACAAGGGCAAUGGAAUCAUAUCAAGGGCAAUCCGUUGGGUUAAUACUGCAGUCUCUGUUAGAUACAUGAAGAAAUAUGCUCCUAAAAAGUAUUGGAACUUAGUAAUCCCUGACUACAAAAUUGGAUGUAAACGUUUGAUUUUUGAUUACCAGUACGUUCCUACGUUAAACGAUCCAAGGAUCACCCUCACAAAUGUUGGUAUUAAGAGAGUGGUUGAAGAUGGAAUUAUAUUAGACAAUGAUGAGUUUGUCAAGGCAGAUAUAAUUGUUGCUUGUACCGGUUACGAUGUUAAGCAAUCGAUGAAACUUCCAUUAUUAACUACUAAAGGAUACAACGGUCAGGAAAUUUGGACAAAGGAGGGUAUUAGUGCAUAUCGUACCACCUUGAUGAAGCACAUGCCAAAUUUAUUUGUUAUUGGUGGUCCAAAUUCAGCAACUGGCCAUGCAUCAGUUGUUAUGGCUCUCGAAAACGGUAUCGAUUACUAUGUCAAAGUGGCUAAACCCAUUCUUGAAGGAAAGGAGAGGUCUGUUGUGGUGAAACCAGAAGCAUAUGACAAAUGGCAUAAAGAUAUUCAAGAAGAGUUGAGUAAGAGUGUUUUUGGCACAAAAUUCGGAGGUUGUGUGUCAUGGUACAGCGAUGAGAAAGAAAAUGCAACUGCAUUUGCUUGGUCACAAUUGUACUACUGGUAUAUUACUCAUUUCCCAGACUACAAUGAUGUUGUUUACGAACAUUUUAAUAAGAAAAGAGCCUAA